AACCCACCGCAUGAAUAACAGGCUGAGUUUCGUUAAAACCAUAGUUGUGCCGAAGUCCAGUCUCUCGAUCACUUUCGACACGCUCGCUCGGUAUCGAUCGAUCCCGUAUUACAUAAUAAAUUUAAAAUAUUUAGAAAUUGUCGAUUUACCGAAUUUAUCUGACUCGAUCGAAUUGGGUAAAGCCGGAGUUAUUCGACUCGCUUGGACGCCUAUCGUUUUGACAAAAAUUAACCGAAACAAAGGUCAAAUAUUAAAAAUUAACCAGUGGUUCGUAAUUCAUAAUGGAUUUUUCGACGUUUCUAACGAAUGUCUCGAAAAGGCGAAAUUCUAGUAUCCUUCGUGAAUUAGACAAUUCGUAAAACUCUGUCUAUCCUGUAUCUCUUGGAAACGAUAAUUUAUAAAGAUAAUUCAUAUGUAAAUAACAUCUUUGCAUGACACAGCGAUGAGAUUUAUAGAAGCGAAAGAUGCGAUAAGUCUAGCUAAUGGAAUGCCGAAUGCAAAGACAUUUCCUUUCGUGGAUAUCUCCGUAACGUACAAGGGUGGAACAAAAGUAAAACUCGUCGGAGAAGAGUUGUCCUGGUCUCUUCAAUACGGUCCUUCUCAAGGAUACUUGCCAUUGUUAAAAAAAAUGCGAGAAUUUCAAGAAUAUUGGCACAAGCCGAUAUACAAAGACUGGGACGUACUUUUCACGUCUGGAUCGAUGGACGGGUGUAGCAAAAUUUUCGAGAUGACUUUAGAAACAGGCGAUCCUGUGAUGGUUCAAACACCGACUUACGACGGAAUUCUAAAUGCGCUCACACCUUUAAUGCCAGAAUUCAUCGAAAUUUCACAAGAUCAGGAUGGUAUAAUUCCGGUAAAUAUAAGAAAAAUUUGCGAAGAAAGACGAGACAGUGGUAAACCGAUGCCAAAAGUCCUUUACGCGAAUCCUACAGGAGCCAAUCCAACGGGAACAGUUUUGACGGAAUCGCGAAGAAGGGAAGUUUACGAAUUGGCCGAUACAUACAACUUUUUAAUCAUCGAGGACGAUCCCUAUUGUUUUAUCCAUUUCGUCGAUAAGAAACCUACCACCUUCCUCGAAUUGGAUACCAAAGGACGUGUAAUACGUUUGGAUUCUUUCAGCAAAAUUCUAAGCGCCGGUCUUAGAUUAGGCGUUGUUACAGCGCAUAAAGAAUUCAUUAAAAAAUUAACUACACAUAUGGAAGCAACAAAUAUUCACGCUUGCUCUUUAUCGCAAGUUUUGCUGUUCAAAUUACUAAACGUAUGGGAUCUGGAGAAGAUACGGCAACAUUUUAACGACAUUCAGAAAUUUUAUCGCGAAAGACGAGACAUUAUGCUGUCUUUGAUGGAAAAACAUCUUACCGGAUUGGCAGAAUGGAACGUUCCAAAGGGUGGGAUGUUCGUUUGGCUAAAAGUGAAUAAAACGAAAGAUGUAAUGGAAUUGGCAAGGAUGAAGUGUAUUUCCCAAGGGAUUUUUCUUAUUCCCGGUCAUGCGUUUAACCACGACCGCUCGAGACCUGAACAGCAUCUCAGACUAUGCUACAGUUACGCGACACCGCAAGAAAUCGAUAAGGCGCUUUCAACGCUAGCUACGUUGAUACGCGAGGAGAUAAGAAAGUAGAACUGGAAACGGAGUUUUCUUUUACAGCUAUAAUUAAGUUCGUACUUCUUUUGUAAUUUGUAGAAUGUGAAUUAGAAUUAAGAAAAUAAAUAUUAUAUAUCAAGCUUU